ACGCAUAAACAACAAACUGUAGGCGCUGACAGGCUUCCGAAUCGUAAAUACUGAAUUAGAUCUAUAUGCAGUGUAACAUUUGUAGCCCUAAUUGUGUGGUGUAUCGCAUUCUUUGCUGAUCAACAUGCAUGAAAUAACACAAUGUCACGAUCGCCAGAUCUUAUGACUGGCGUAUGUCAUUUAAAUCGAAACAAGGUCUUCAAACAUUCGGAUCAUUAAUUCGAUUUCCUGAGCCGGAAUCAGGAAAUUUAGGAGAAGAGGGUGAUUUGAUCAAAAUAAGAAUGAAGUCGAAAUCAGAAAAACUGAAACGCUCUCAAUCUUUACCUGAUGGAGAUGAGGUUCAGGAAGAAAACGGUGUUUUGUUUUGGGUCAACAAAAGUGGUUUUCCAAUUGAAGAUAGAACUUGGCAGAGAAUGUGGGAUCAUGUUGCCAAAAUCCACCCUGAAGGACACAAAAUGGUGCAGGGAGUGAGACAGAGCAAAGAGUUAGUUACGAUCCCGGCACCACAGGCUCCACUUAGUUUCUCACCCACAGUUCCGAUUGGAGAUCGGGUUGAGAAGAUUCAGAACUACAUGACAGAACUCCAAUAUAAUCACACAGGCACACAGUUUUUUGAAAUCAGGAAAAACAGACCAAUAUCAGGACUCAUGGAAUGCGCCAAGGAAAUGAUCCGCGAGUCUCUUCCCAUCAAAUGUCUGGAGGCUGUUAUACUAGGGAUAUACCUGACCAAUGGCAUGAUGGGUGUUGAGCGUUAUCCAAUCAGUUUCAAGAGUACAUUUCAGGGCAGUGUUCAUCGGCAUGUGGUGCUGGGAAUUUCUCAUGGUGGUCGAUACGGUGCUAUUGGUAUGAGCCGGAGGGAGGAUCUCAUGUAUAAGCCUCUUGUCUUUAAGAGUCUAUCCGACCUGGUGUUCGACUUCGAGAAGGCCUACACGAAAUACUGGCAUGAAGUAAGGAAGGUCAAGGUCGGUCUACCAAGUCCACACGACCCUCACAGCUACGAGACAGUCCAGUGGAAGACGCUGACUCUGAAUGUGUCAAAACUAUCAAGGAAAGAAAUGACCCGAGAAUUAGAGCAGCACUCCAAAUUAAUACGAGCAAAGGCCAAGUCGUGGAGCACUCCACCCAAUCUACCCAAGAAGAUGGCCACCUUCAUAGAUGCAGGGCGGGACAUGCCUGGCACAAGCAAGUCCUCUCCAACAGUCAAGAUGACACGAUCACACUCGGUUGUGACAAAGUCACGUGAAGAACCGGCGUCCGUCAAGUCUGGCAGCAGUCGAGGAGCAGACUAUCAGAUCAGGAUAUAGACGGAUGUAGCACAAGCAGAAGGCAGAUCUGAGGAAUGCAUUGCUAUUGCUGACUUCUUAUUAUCAUGGAGAUACACAUUCCAAGGCUGUGACUAUUUUUAUUGAUGGCUGUGACUAUUUUUAUUGAUGGCUGUGACUAUUUUUAUUGAUGAUCAUAAUCAUCAAAUUAUAUGAGUACACAUAUCAUUUUGUCAUAUUUUAUCCUUUCACUUGUACAUGAAAUCACGGGAUGAUCUUCUGUAGAUUUUCAUAUAACUGGUGAAGCUGAGAAAACUAAGUCAAUUAAAAUUUAGCCUUGGGGGUAGGCCUAUAGUUUCUCCUUCAUGACAGCAAAUGUAGACAUGAUCUUGUUCUCUUUAUCAUACCAAUCAUGGACUAAUAAGUUUUCUCUAAUUUAUUCAUAUCUUAUUGAAAAUUCAGCAAUCAGUAUACAUGUAUUUCAUAGGACCGUGGCCCCAUUUUGGUAUGCGGGACUUAGCAGUGGGAUAUGCGGACCCAAAUACAUACCGUAUUCUGCGUAAUAAGCGCUCCGCUCUAAUAAGUGCCCACAGCGAUAUUUGCUAAUAUAUUGGCCAUUGAACAAUCCUAAUUAGUACCUCUUCCACUUGAUCAAUGUACACAAGACUUAUUUAUUCAUGUAUAAUACGCACUCAU